GUUCUCUUCUCGUCAUCCUCACGACUGACAUCAGACAGACAGGACUCUCGCCCUCUCAUUCCUCACCCUUCGCGUGUGACGACUUCGACGACUGGCUAAUUGACUGCCCCCGACCAACUCCGUCUGCUGUGACAGCUGCAUCCGGCCAGCGACACGCGCAGCGCCCUGCUUUUUCCCACCCGCCUUGUCUGCUCCUGCUGUCCGAUCCAACUCCGUGUCUCGCACGUCACCCGAUCGAACUUUCGAGGCAGCCGCGCCGCACCACCGCCCUCAUUGUACUUUGUACUUCGUUCUUGAACUCUGCUCCGCCCUUCGCCCCGGCAAGUCCGCGCCCAACUGCGCCUGUUCAUCCCUCCCAGUGCCGUUUUGUGCCGGCAGGUACGAAUCUAUCCACCUGCUCAGCGCCACAUGUCAUCCCAAUCUCCCAAGACCUCCCAUCAGCCUGAACGGCCCGCCGCGUCGCGCGCGCCCUCGUUCCCGCAGCACCCGUCUGGUGGUGCUACCAGCGACCGCGACGCCCUGAAACCGCCGAAACGAGCCCAUACCUUCCACAACGGGGCCCCUGCAAGAACCAGCGAUGGCCCUGACGCAUUCGAGACGAGCGAGACCGAUCCAGAAGACAAUACCGAGGUGCCGAGAACAUCUGUCGAGCUGGAUGACCUACCCAUCGAGCUCAUUACUUUGACGGACAGCUUCAUCGAGUCUCUCGGCGCCAAGGUGCAUUCGACACCUCCCAACAUCGAUAAGCUAUCACAGCUCUUCCAAGACUUCUACGUGUCGGCAUCUUCGCACAUUGCCACUCAUGUCAGUGCCUUGGCUUACCGGCAGAGCCGUGCGGCAUCCCCCGCCGCACCCAGCACUAUGUCCUCGGCCGCCAGCCGUCUGCGGUCAAAGGCCUCACUCGGUUCCAAAGAUAAGCCCAAGGUAGAAGCAGAGCAGCAAAUGAUCACCGCCGAGGAGUUGGCCAGCCGCAAACGAGCGAGAAAAGCCCUCGAGACGAAGCGUGGCCUUCUCGAGGAAGCAAUCGAGCGCAGGCUCUGCGAAGGUAUCUAUGACCGGAUAUACCGGCAUAGCAGUACGCAGGACGAGGCUCAAGAUGAUAAACUACGAUCCAAAACUGCAGCUUUGGCGCUCGUCGGAAUUGGGCCAGCUGAUCUCGGCAUCGAAACCGUUGAUCAAGUACCGCGGCAUGCCAAUUCCGAUGACGACGAGCCGGUCGGGAUCCGCGAGGCACUCCACCAGGCCAGGACCGACAUGACCCGCAUGAGCGAGUCGAGGUACCCCUUUGGCAAGCUAAACCACCUCAAGGCAGCCCACAAAAGCAUCGUUGACACUCUAGCUCGCUUCCACCCAUCUGCGUCCGCGGACGAGAUUAUGCCAAUGCUCAUUUAUACCCUCAUUACACUCCCCCCUGAGAACCUACAUAUCAUCAGCGACCUCCACUUCAUUCAAAGCUUCAGGUGGGAAACGAAACUGACCGGGGAGGCGGCGUAUUGCCUGACCAACCUCGAGGCAGCUAUCAGCUUUCUGGAAACAGUUGAUCUCGCCACUUUGCGCGCGGAUGAGCUUCCGUCUGGGCCUCCUAAAACCUCGAACCAACUCGGCACCCCCAAGGCAGAGACCUUCCCUCCUGCAUACUCACAGGGCACCACAGCGACUAGCGGCAGCACCGGCGACCCUAUACCUGAAAGCGAAGCGGCCAUGAAGCUUGCGCCAUCACCAUCGGGACUUAAAGCCACCAACGUCUUGCGGAAUCGGCGACUCAGCGACUUGGUCAAUACUCCAGCGCAGGCGUUCGGAGCAGCCAGCGACGCCGUCUUCACAACGGCAGACCAAGGUCUCAAGACCAUCUCGAAUAGCCUCGGCGAGAGCUAUUCAUUCCUGCUUGGGAAGUUGCGAGAGCGUCAGCAGGGGCCUAAAGAGUCCAUAGCCGUUCCGCGAACCUUGGACGACGCACGAAAGCUCGUUAGUACGCCACCGCCGGAAGAGGAAGACAACGCCAGUGGUGCCAGCUCGUCAAUUAGCACUGAGGAUGUUGAGCAGCUAAAGAGGUCAUCGGCACGUGAGGACCGUGUCCUCAACAUGAUUGGCGGCCGUCGAGAUGCCAGUGUAGAAAGCUCUAGAAGUGCCAGCUCCUCCAAGAAGGUGCUAUUCGCUGAAGAGUCCAAGGCUGCGACGCCGUCGCUUGCCUCAUCCGGACAGAGCCCUGCUGUUCUAGAUCAAGUGCGCAACUUAGGCAGUACCUUCAACCCCAUGGCGAGGUUGUCGAGUAUUGGUGGCUUCAGGGGCUUUGGACGCAGCGCGCCCACGACCCCCGCGGCGUCAAAGGACGUCGGCAAGACGGCCGACGGGGGCGACUUGGCGUCGGCCUUUCCUGACAUCGCUGCCGCGCUACCGCCUAAGCAGAUGCCAAAGGUUGCGCCCCCAAACAAGCGUUUUAUGGAGCUGCAGAACCCUGGCGAGCUUCGCCUAGGGGAGGUGCUCGACCUGCUGAGGGAUUAUAGGCGGCUAGCCAACGCGCUCAAAAACAUGGAUGCCUUCGAGGAAAAGUAAUGGGAUGCCACGCAAUUCAAUGGCAACGAUAAUUUCCCAAUCGAAUGUAACGGCGUGUGUGGCGGGAUUGUGUUUUUGGCGUGGGAUACGGUAAUCUUUGGCAUAGCCCAGACGGUACUACAUAGAGCACGAGGUUGCAUUGUAUCACAUAGUGAGCGAAAGGUGAC